AUGGCCCCGGAUGACCGGCCCUCGCGCUGGGAUGAGCUUCCCGACGAGAUCUUGCUCCAGAUCCUCAACUAUCUCGAACCGUAUCAUAUCACGAGGCUGCAGCUCGUGUCCCGCAAGCUGCAGAAGCUUUGCCUCGACGAUGAGCUGUGGAAGGAGCUCUGCUUCCAAGACUCUCCCUGGUACCAAUGGCUGAGACAUCGCCGCAAUCUGGUGCAAGCCACUACCGAAGCCGACGACGAUGUGCUCAUGUCGCCCCCGGACCCCGCCAGCGACGUCCGGGACGCUCGCCGAUGGAGGAAGCUCCAGGACAUGGCGAAUUGGGAUCCAGCAUACCCCGGCGAACGGGUCUCGUGGUACGACGAGUACAUCCAGCGCAACGGACCAGCCUGCAUCAAUUGGUUGCAAAGCCCUCGCAUGCGGGAAGGAGGCUGUGAGGCCAUCAUCGAAGCCCGCGGAAUGGCUAUGUACAACCCAUACGAUGGUCGUGACGGUCUUGGAACGAUGCUGGCCGUAUCGCCGCUUGACGAUGGCUCCGUUUGCCUUUGGGACGUCAAAGGCACGAGGGGUAAACAAGGCAGUAUUGUGGCCAGGAGCAAGCCCGACAUCCUCUUCUUUGACGGACCCAACGGCCAAAACACUCGGAGGUCCAAGAAGAUCGAUACUGGUGUGACGGAGUGCGUCAGCAUCAACAACGAUGGCCACCGGGCUUUUUUCGCCGUUCAAAGCCAUCUUAUUGAGGUGGAUUUGAAUCGUCUAGAGGUCGUCAGCAAGGAUUCUUUUGAGUGGUCCAUCACGUCGCUGUCUGCCACUCAGCCAGGCGUUCCCAUGACAGUCGGGACGUCGCUCGGGAUACACCUUCACGACUUUCGCUCUCGCAUCAGGCCGUCGCACGAUGUUGUCGAGCGCGUGGACGCCCAGCAAUACGCACAAAACGAUGUGCUGAGGGCUCUGUUCGACCCCAAGCCGCUGCCACCAUACGCCUCGCUCUCCCAACCUACACCAGUCAGCAUCCUCCAUCUUCCACGGCCCGGGGAACAAGACCUCGUCUCGGAUGACAUUUACGUGUCUGGGAGGUUUACCAACAUACUCCACUACGAUCGGCGCAAGUUUCCAGCCAUCGUAGGAUCGAUAUACUCGGGAGCUCUGAUAAAGAGCCUCACAUCGAUGCCAUUCCCCUACUCCACCGUCGACUCAGAGGUUCGCCGACGUGCCGAAUUCAGCCCGGAACGCAUGGCACAAAUUAAGACUGCCAGCGGAGGGCAGACGCUCGUUGCGGGAGGCUCCUACAAAACGAAGGGGUCUCUGGAGAUAUACGGCCUGAGCUCAGCAGCAGAUGCUGGCAGCCACACAACGGUGCAGAGCUCCGUCUUCAAGAACAGGCAGUCAGCUGCCUCGGCAACAAUCUUGUCGGUAAUCGAGCACGGAACGAAACUCGUCUUCUCCGAUGGCGCGGGCUUGAUCAAAUGGUUUGAGCGGGAUGGCUCAACAGAGUGCCGGCGCCUUAAGAUCGGUCACAGCGACGCAGACGAGCCAGCGUCUAUUUUCGCCUCGAUGCCAGCGUCGGACGACCUGGCUCGCAAGAUCCUGUCGACGCGGCGCAAGGACGGACAGGACCGGCCGAACAACGACAAUAUCCUCUUUUGGACGGGCGAGAAGCUGGGCAUGGUGAGCUUCACUACGGCGCCGCUGUACCAGGCCAAGGAUUUUGAGUCUCAGGGACCAGAACGCAAGGCCGACGAGGAGAUCAAGGACCAAUACGCAGGGCGUAUGCGCAGGGCGCUCGAGAGACAGGCCGACGAGGUCAGGUACAUGAGGAAUCUGGGAAUGGGCACAGGCGUUGGUUAA